GAUGGCAGAGAAGAAAACCCGGAAAGCAGUGGAUCAAAAAGUUCCGUUCUAUAGGCUUUUUGCAUUUGCGGAUCGGCUUGAUAUUGCGUUGAUGAUCGUUGGUGGGGUUUGUGCUGCUGGGGCCGGCUUAGCAAUGCCUUUCAUGACUCUUAUUUUUGGGGAACUUGUUAAUUCUUUUGGUAGCUCAGACCCUAAACAUGUUGUGCAUGUUGUUUCUCAGAUAGCCAUCAGGUUCUUUUACUUGGGUAUUGGUGUCGGCAUCUCUGCAUUCCUACAGGUGACGUGUUGGACAAUAACGGGGGAGAGACAGGCAGCACGCGUACGAGAACUGUACUUGAAAACAAUAUUAAGACAGGACAUUGCAUUCUUUGAUACUGAAACAACAACAGGUGAGGUCAUUGGGAGAAUGUCUGGCGAUACGAUUCUAAUUCAAGAAGCCAUGGGUGAUAAGGUCGGGAGGUUCAUACUAAACAUGUCAACAUUCAUUGGCGGCUUUGCAAUUGCAUUUAUACAAGGAUGGCGUCUAGCAAUAGUCGUGAUUGCGUGCAUUCCUGCUAUGGUUGUUGCUGGAGGAGUUAUGACAAUGGUCAUGAUCAGAAUGUCAAGCCGUGGACAAAUUGCUUAUGCAGAAGCUGGAAAUGUAGUUGAGCAAACAGUAGGAGCCAUUAGAACGGUUGCGUCCUUCACCGGGGAGAAGUUAGCCAUAAGUAAGUACAAUAGCAACCUACAACCUGCCUAUGUUGCAGCUGUUCGACAAGGGUUAGCCUCAGGAGGGGGAAUGGGUGUUAUCUUGGCGAUUAUGUUCUCCACUUAUGGAUUGGCCGUUUGGUAUGGAUCCAAGUUGAUCAUAGAGAAAGGAUACAAUGGCGGAAAAGUCAUCAAUGUCAUGAUGGCACUCGUGAUGGGAGGAAUGUCAUUGGGACAGACAACCCCAAACUUGGGUGCAUUUGCAGCAGGGCAAGCUGCAGCGUACAAAAUGUUUGAGACAAUCAAACGUAAACCAAAAAUUGAUGUAUAUGACGCUAGUGGUAUUGUAUUGGAAGACAUCAAGGGUGAAAUUGAACUAAGAGAUGUGUACUUCAGAUAUCCAGCAAGACCUGACGUGCAAAUAUUUUCUGGAUUCUCAUUACAUGUUCCAAGUGAAUCAACUGCGGCUUUAGUGGGGCAAAGUGGAAGCGGGAAAUCAACGGUGAUAAGUCUUUUAGAAAGAUUUUAUGAUCCUGAUGCCGGUGGCGUAUUUAUAGACGGUGUAGAUAUGAAGAAGUUUAAACUCAAAUGGAUUAGAGAGAAGAUGGGGCUAGUUGGUCAGGAACCUGUCCUGUUUGCAACUUCUAUAAGGGAGAAUAUAGCAUAUGGGAAGGAAAACGCCACCGAUGAAGAGAUUAGAACAGCAAUUGAGCUUGCUAAUGCUGCAAAGUUCAUCGAUAAGCUGCCCGAGAGGCUGAACACAAUGGUAGGUGAGCAUGGAAUAGCGCUAUCAGGUGGACAAAAGCAAAGAAUAGCAAUAGCAAGAGCAAUUUUGAAGAACCCAAAAAUCCUCCUCCUUGAUGAAGCAACAAGUGCGCUGGAUGCCGAGUCAGAACGUAUUGUGCAAGAUGCGUUGGUAAAAAUCAUGUCAAACCGGACAACUGUGGUAGUUGCACAUCGUUUGACAACAGUCAGAAAUGCAGACAUGAUAGCAGUGGUGCAAACUGGGAAGCUUGUGGAGCAAGGUACUCAUGCUGAGUUGAUCAAAGAUCCAGAUGGGGCUUACUCCCAGCUAGUUCGCUUGCAAGAAGGGACUAAUCAAGCUGAAGAAGCACAAGGGAUCGAUCCAGAUGAUGUUAAUACAAGUCUGGAUUCUGUAGAUGUAACAAUGGGUAAGUCUGGAAGCGCGAGAUCGAUGGGGAGAUCCGUAAGCAGAGGCUCAUCAGGUAGCCAGCGGUACUCUGUCAGACAAAGUUUUGGUACUCUCGGUCCCACUGGAGAUGAGGAGGAGAAUACUGAGAAAAAAGAUACCGUUAAGCAGAAGCGUCGCAAAUUUUCCCUUAGAUGGCUAGCCUGCCUAAAUAAACCUGAGGUCCCAGUUUUGCUACUUGGAACUAUUGCUGCAGCCAUACAUGGUGUAACCUUCCCUGUAUAUGGACUCCUAAUAUCAUCAGCCAUUAAGACAUUUUUUGAACCUCCAAACGAAUUAAAGAAAGAUUCAAGGUUCUGGGCACUCAUGUUCAUCGGUCUGGGAGUCCUUAAUCUGGUAGUCUUGCCACUGCAGAGCUAUAUGUUUGCCAUUGCAGGGGGUAAAUUGAUCCAACGAAUUCGUUCCCUCACAUUCGAGAAGGUUGUGUAUCAAGAAAUUAGUUGGUUUGAUGACCCCGCAAAUUCAAGUGGUGCUGUUGGUGCGAGGCUAUCUACUGAUGCUACAACGGUGCGGAGUAUUGUUGGUGAUUCCCUGGCCACCAUUGUCCAGAACGCAGCAACAAUAAUAGCUGGAGUUACCAUUGCAUUCACAGCUAACUGGAUAUUGGCAUUCAUCAUUCUAGCUGUGUUGCCGUUGGUGGGCGUGCAAGGGUACUUUCAGAUGAAAUUCUAUAAAGGGUUCAGCGCAGAUGCCAAGGUGAUGUAUGAAGAAGCCAGUCAAGUUGCAAAUGAUGCCGUUGGCGGCAUCAGAACAGUUGCAUCGUUUUGUGCUGAGGAGAAGGUGAUGGAUAUGUUCCAAAAGAAAUGUCAAGCCCCCAUGAAAAAAGGAAUUAGGCUGGGAGUUGUCGGUGGAUGUGGUUUCGGCUUUGGUCAAUUUGCACUGAUGUGCACAAAUGCAUUCAGUUUCUACAUUGGAUCUAUACUUGUGCAACAUAAUAAAGCAACUUUUGCCGAAGUUUUCAGGGUUUUCUUUGCUUUGACAAUGACUGCACUUGGGAUUUCCCAGGGUACCGCUUUGACUCCAGACUUAAACAAAGCUAGGGAAUCCGCUGCCUCCAUUUUUGAAAUUCUCGACAGGAAGUCCAAGAUUGACUCGAGCAGUGACGAGGGCACAACGCUAGCAACUGUAAACGGUAACUUAUUGUUGCAGAAUGUCUCCUUUAGUUAUCCAACACGCCCCGAUAUCCAAGUUUUCAGAGAUUUGUGCUUAACCAUGCCCCCUGGAAAGGUACUCACCAGCUAUACUGUUGCUCUUGUUGGAGAGAGUGGCAGUGGGAAGUCUACAGUAAUCAGUCUAAUAGAGAGGUUUUAUGAUCCCGACUCCGGCCAUAUUUAUCUCGAUGGAGUUGAAAUUCGCAAGUUCAAGCUAAGCUGGCUACGACAGCAAAUGGGGCUGGUAGGCCAAGAACCCGUACUCUUCAAUGAAACACUCCGCACAAACAUAGCUUAUGGCAAGCAAGGAGGCGCCACUGAAGAAGAGAUCAUUGCGGCCACAAAAGCGGCAAAUGCAUACAACUUCAUAUCAGCAUUGCCACAGGGUUUUGACACGUCGGUUGGGGAAAGAGGAGUGCAGUUGUCCGGUGGGCAGAAGCAGCGAAUUGCCAUUUCAAGGGCAAUCCUUAAAGACCCAAGGAUCCUUUUACUUGACGAGGCAACAAGUGCAUUAGAUGCAGAGUCAGAGCGCGUGGUGCAGGACGCGUUAGAUAGAGUAAUGGUGCACAGGACAACCGUCGUCGUUGCUCACCGGCUCACCACCAUUAAAGGGGCUGACAUAAUCGCAGUUGUGAAGAACGGUGUGAUUGCAGAGAAGGGAACACAUGAUGUGCUUAUGAAUAUAAACGAUGGCGCUUAUGCUUCUCUUGUAGCCCUUCACAUGACCUCUUGAAAGUAGCAGAAAGAAGAGUUCAAAACAGCUGCAUUCUGUUGUUGAAUGCGCAGAAAUCUGCCACAAUGCAUUAUUAGUUUUGCUACGAUAGUCCAUGUAUCGUGCAGAUUUUAUUUUUCUUUUUGGUAGGUAACACCAUUUUUUUUAUUUUUUAUUUUUUUUGAGUAAUGACACAAAAAUUGAUUUUUUUUUGGGUUUGACCCUGAUGCAUAGAGUCCAAGGAGUCUUUUUGUCAGUAGGGAUACGAAUAGACUCUCAUUAAAGAUUUAACAUUUACAGUUUUGGAGCUGCCAA